AUGGCAAAACUAAAUCCCAUUCGCGGGUUCUUGCCUUACUCAUUCUCUGACAUAUUUUUUUGUUUUAUUACCCUUUUUUUGGGUGAUAUUUAAUUAUGAUGUCCUAGAUUAUCGUGUCCAAUUAUUGCGUGUUGUGAUUGCAGUGGACUCUUAAGGAAAUCAAAUGAGGGUAUGAGGCUUUUCGUUAUGACAAUUAUUGGGAUGGUGCUUGGCUUUUUAGUUGGUAGUUCCUUUCCAUCAGUGAGGAUAACGAAGGUGAAUGUUAUCUUUGUUUUCCUUGUAUAAGUUUUUUGUAAAGAGUAAUUUUGUUUAAAUCCGUGACUUGCAUCUCAGGUUCAAUUCCCAUCCAGCGUUAUUUCUUAUGUUGAAGAUAAGAACACUGGAGUUGCUACCCAAGCAUUAUUAAAUCAUGCUUGGACAACUACGAAAAGUUUGGAGAGGAACAAGUCAAGUACUAAUUUGAAUGAAACAUCAAAGGUACUAUAUCCUUUUACUAUGAACCUGAGAGAUAGUAUAUGGUGGAUUUUUUUUCGCAUCAAUAACUCCUGGGGUGACAUGAGAAUCAUUGUACCCGUGCUUUUGCUACAUGUGGAGCUGAUGAUGUCUUCCUUUUUCAGUUUUUGGCUUUUCUAGACCUCUUUUAUCUUUGUCGAUCUUGUUUUUGAUGAUGUGUUUAUUGUUUGGUCUAACUAUUCUCUUGCAUGGUGAUAUCACUCCAAUUUAGCUUUACAUUUACACAUAACGUAGUUAGCUUCAUUCUUUAUUUGCACAGAUAAAAGACGUAAUGGUAGAUUGAUGUACUGAUGAAUUGAAAUUAAAGCUCCGAGAGGAAGAGGAGAAAAUAAACUAGAACUGUCUUCAUGAGUAAAUGCUCACAAUAAGGCCCAACUCUGUCUUCAAUAAGAGAGGAUACUUGGCUGGCUGGUUAGAAAAAUGAGUAUAGCUAUAGCCCUUUGAAGAAGGGACUAUCAGCAAAAGGAAACUUAAACGAAAUGACAAGAUAGCACUUCUAUGAAGGACCGAUCAACUAAAAGAAAACUACAAGAAGGAAAAUCAAAUCCUCGACGCAACGGCCAUAAAGUGGGUAGACUGAUCAUGAGAGAGUCCUAAAUAUAUUCAGGUUGAGCGGAAAAAAUUGCAUCCGAUCGGUCACAUGGUUUCUAUUCCGGCCCUGUAAGUUAGAUAUGAUUUUUUGGGGUGUGUACCCAGUAAGUCAUUUGACUUUAGCCCAACAGGACAAUGUCAAGAGGAAAUAAAAAUAAAUUGUAGUGCACAUGAGUGUUUUCUUCUCCAACCAUGGCAGGAAACCCAGCAACCACAUAAUGGUUGGGAAUAAGUUGGACUACCUGAUAUGACUUGAUUCGAUUUCAGCAUUUCUGAAUCAAAGUAGCUGCUUGGAUUCAACCAACAAAAUUGACAAGUUGCUUGGAUUCAACCUCGUCUAUUGUCACGACUGGCUCAAGAUAACAUUAUUGUUUGAAUUUUGUUAGGUUACAAAGCAUUUGUGGGAUGUCUAGCUGAUAAAACCUAAAAUUAUUCUGGGUACAGGAUCGCUCAAUUGUUUCUUUUUUCCUAUGGGACAGUGCGGUUUUCUUGCCCUAUUUAAUUUUUAUUUUCAUGCGUACAUCCUUUGGUUUUUCAUUAUUAGCUUUUUGUCUCUGCUUAGAUAUAUUAGUCAAAGCAGAAUUUCUUUGGGUUUUGUUGUAACUACGCUUACAGAAUCCUUUUUUAAAUUUCUUGAAAAAUGGUUUAGUUUAUUUCAAUCGUGUGGAUGGCUAUACCUUUACAUGUAAAUUGCUUGGCCAAUGUAGUAUUUCUCCCAACAUACUCUGAAGAAGUUCAAUUCAUCUAUGAUUGAUCUGCAAGUAAUUUGUUAUAUGCAUGAUAAUCCUGGACCAUUGUUCUUUCCUUUAUGCUUCUUUAUGGGAACUAACUUUUCCAGAAAACCUAGUUAUGUUAAGUUAUCCCGGAGGUUAUAUGGUGUGAAUUGAAGUGAAUGAAUGAUCCAGGCUCUUGAGGUUAAACUGACAAAGUGAUUAAUUGCUGCUCCAGAUCUACGUUCCUACAAAUCCUCGCGGAGCAGAACUCCUGCCACCAGGUAUUGUAGCAGCUGAAUCAGAUUUAUAUCUGCGAAGACUGUGGGGCAACCCAAGUGAGGUAUGUUUUCUAGAUUGCUCUUAUAUAGAUUCCCAUUUAUCUAAUUUGCUAGAAUGCCAAUUCAACGUCACAUAUGAGCGGCAAGUGUCAAAAGUGGCCUCUCUGUUCCUUUUCUAGUAAUAUAAAACGAUGACCUAUUGUCCGCAUGAGUAUCUCAUAUCCUUGUCGGUGACUGAUGUACGGCCUAUCAAGCAUGAUAGUCAGAAAAGUGAUGGGCUGUUUCCUCAAAAGAAAGCAGAUGGGUGAGUCUUUAAAUGCUUAACUUAAGACUGAUCCUAUAGAAGUUUGGUCGUCCAAGGUUUACACUGAAACACUCUCUUGAGCGAAUCUUCAUGAAAAUCUCUGACACUUCAGCUUGGGAUGCAUCAAUUUUGUAGAUUGUCCCUAUUAAAAACACGCAACUUAGAUUUGUUGUAGUACAUUCACAAUGAAAUCAUAAGGUGAGUAAUCUCUGACAUUACAUUACAUAGUGGUGAUAGAAAGAGAGGUGAAUAAGGCAGCAGCAAGGAGGGGAAGGUGGUCAGCCAAACAGAUGGAUGUGUAACCUCUCCCCAAUCUAUUUACAGAUAUGGCAAAUGCUAAAAAAUUAAAUGUUAAAUAUACCCCUGUUAUAAGGGACAUUAGGGAUAAAACAUGAUAAGUAUGUAUAAAAGGAGAGAUAAAAAUGCCUCAUAUUCUCUGUAUCAUUCUCUUAAUACAUAGAAAUUUAAGAUCUUCUGCCAAUCUUACAACAAAAUUCUGGAGAAUGGCCACCGAAUGGUGUGUUAACUUUUUGGCUGCAUGCGUUUUUUAUCUUAAUGACUAAUGUUGAUGCACCAAGAAUAAAUCAUUGUCAUCUGAACAUGAUUUUAGCAACUGGAUAUAUCUAAAUAGUUAUGUCGGACUGGUUCCAGUUUAAAUUCGACCUUCGAUAAAAGGAAGGGCUGAAAUCACCUUUUUCUGGCCAUCUGGCUGUACAGGUGUUAGUGAAAGUCUAGAAUGGGCGACAGCUGUUGGAGAUCAAGGCGGUUAUGUGCUUCAGACAGAGUGUAGACUGUAUGAAGGCCUUAGGUUUCAUGUGGCAUAGGCUGCUGUUACUGCUGAAUGGGAGUCAGAUAUGCUGUAGUAGGUGUAUGGGGAAGGGAAUGGGGAGUAUGGCAAGCAGAAGAGAGUUAUUGUCAAGUUAGUUGUCAAUUUUGAUGGAACUACAGUUAGGCGAUGGUUAUGCUUCAGAAUUGGAGCUGAGAAUUUGGUUGUGUGUGUAAAUUGUAGGAUAUUAAAGAUAUGUGGUCUGAAACUAUUUAAUUAUUUUAAAUUCUCAUGAACCUUAUUGUUGAACUCUCUAGAAUUGUUUUUCCUUCCUAUCUGUUUCUUUUCACUGUAUUUUCGUCCUUCUCUAUCAUUCCCUAUAUUAAUUGGGUACAUUAGCCUGUUAACGGAUCCACUUAAAGACUAAUGUAAUGGCCCUGGCCCAUUAACUCAUGUAACCUGUACUUAAGUGGGAAACCAAGAUAAUUGAUGUAAGAUUUUGGGAUUGCGGAAAUUCUGCUCCAAGAAGUAGUGUCUGAUUCAUCUUUAUGGAAGAGGAGGAUCGUGAAGAUCAAUUCUCAACAUGGUAUCAGAAUAGUGCUGAUUCUGGUAGGAUCAGAUACUUCUUGUUUCUUGUUUCUUAAAUCUUGUUUUUCUUGUUUCUGUUUUGGAGCAACACCAAGGAAGAAAGAAACCUUCCACAAGCAGUGAAUUGAGACAUUCUGAAAAGUACAAAGGAAAAGGACUUUGAGAUUGCAUUCAGGGAAAGGCUCUUCGUCAUCCAUGGAAUUCGUAUCAUCUCUAGCGACAACUGGAGAAAGGGAGAGACUAUAUCAUACUUUCUCAAAUAUCUUAGUGAAACUUAAAUUCAAUGUGAUAAAUCUUCGUCAAUGGGAGUAGUUUGUUGAUCUGAUGCUUCUUGAAAGAGGUUUAACAGAUCAUCUUAUAGAAGAACCACUGAAGCAAUCAGAUCCAAAAUAUAGAGGAUGAAAAUCACAAGAGGUUAUUAUCCAUACAUAGCUGCUAAGUAUAAUGACCCCAGAGAUGUAUGAGAAUUUCUUAUUCAUGCACUCGGUGAAGGAAUUGUGGAAUCAAAUUCGCAAAAGCUGUUCGAAAAAACAUAAUGAUUGGAGGAUUUAUGGCCUAAUGUCUAAGGCAACACAUUUAGUGCAAGCAAGUAAAUCAAUUAUGGAAUAUUCGUGUGAAUUAAAGGCUACCUGGAGGGAGAUUGACCAUUAUUGGCCAGUAAAGAAUCUUACUUCUGAGAAGCCCAUGUAUACAUUGAAACAUAGAAUCUAUACAUUUCUAAUGGGACUGAACUCUGAUUAUGAAAGCCUCAAGGUCAAAUUUUCCAUCAUGAAAAGGUAUCUGAACUAGAUGAAGCUAUCCAGAUUAUUAUGGAAGAGGAGAGUAGAUUGAGUCUAAUCAAUACUAGGAAGAAUGAGUCAACAGCCUUCGCCUCUAGCAAGCAAGAUCAUGGUAAUCAACUAAAGAAAAAGGAGAGAAAUCAAAACCCAGUCACUGCAUCACAAGGAAGAUAUCAGUAGUGGGAUAACCAAGAAAACCUUUGGUGUUCAUAUUGCAAGAAGAAGCAUCAUAAGAAAAAAUUGUUGGAAGUUGCAUGGAUGACCACCUCAACAGGGGAGGGCAUUUGUGGCUACUUCUCAACCAGCAGAGACUAUAGAAGGUCAAUCUGUGAUAAAGGAACUUCCCAAUCCUAAUAAUCAGCAGAAGUGUGAUGAAUUUGAAAGACUGAGGGAGAAAGUAGAGAAACUCAAGAAUAUGCUGAGCUCUACGCCUUUGGUUCAAUUAGGUAAGAAUAUUUUUUUCUCAAAAUCAUAUGCAACAUUUAGGCACGUUAAGAAAUGUUUUACAUGUGACUAAGCUAAAGGCUCAUUUGAUUUCACUGCAGAAACUUGAUGAAGAUAUUAAUUGUCGUUUCAUUCUUGAGGACGAUGGAUGUUCAUCGUUGACAAGGUCUUGGGCCUGAAGAUUGGCCAUGUUAACGAAGGAGGAGGCUUGCUUUACUGGGAAGAGGAUGAUCAUGCAACAAUGUCUGUACAGUACUCACCUUGGAGUGGAGUCAGUGAAUACAAAAAGAAUAGUAUACUGUUACAACACUGUCGUGUUGGACAUCCUCUCUUUGGUCUCUUAAAGACAUGGUUUCCUUUUAUGUUUGAAGGUGUUGAUAUAAAAACUCUAGUGUGUGAUGCUUGUCAAUUGCCCAAACACAAAUGCUCCUCAUUUGAAAAUGCUGGUGAACAUAAUACAACACCUUUACAUCCUAUACAUAGUGAUAUUUGGGGGCCAGUGCCUAUGACUAGCUUGUCUGGACGUAGGUGGUUUAUCUUAUUUGUUGAUGACUGUACUAGGUUACAUGGGUUUACCUCCUAAAAUCAAAAUUAGACACCACUCUCUAGGAUUGUUUUUCCUUUCUAUAUGUUUCUUUUCACUGUAUUUUCGUCCUUCUCUGUCAUUCCCUAUGUUAAGUGGAUCCAUUAGACUGUUAACGGAUCCACUUAAAGACUAACGUAAUGUGCCUGGCCCAUUAACUCAUGUAACCUGUACUUAAGCGGGAAACCAAGAUAAAUGAUGUAAAACUUUAGGAUUGCGGAAAUUCUGCUCCAAGAAGUGGUGACUGAUUCAUCUUCCUGGAAGAGGAGGAUCGUGAAGAUCAAAUCCUUUCAUUCUCCAAGUCGCAAGAAUCUCAAUCAAGAUCAAUUCUCAACACUUAUUGUUCUUUGCUCAAUGAUACUUCUCAAUCUGCAAAUACUGCCUUGAAUAUGGUCUUCAAUUAUCAAUUCGUCAUGUGAUUCAUUUUUUAGCCAGUUAAAGAAUUAUUAUUAUUUUCUUUAUGAUCCUCUGCAACCAUUUUAAAAACGUCAUUAAUAGGAAUCAACAAUGGAGGGGUGUGCUCCCAACUCUCAAAACAAAUAAAAUUCUACAUUGUUUUACCUCAAUAAGGGCUGCUGUUGUUUGUCAAAACGUUAUAUAGUUCCUGCAAUUUUAACUUGUCAUUAAUAAUUUUAAGUCUACGAAGGUUAUGCAGCUUCCUCUACUACUGAUAUUUGCACUGAUACUGCCAUCUGUUGUUAGCCAUUCAAAUAGUUGUCAUUUGGUGUCACAGCUGCCUGCAUGCUCUCUGCCCCACAAUGGUCAUUGCUUGAUUCUGAAUUUAUCACUUACGAAGAUGGACACGUCCUGUCCUUUAACUACUACCACUCACUGCUGUCACCUUCUGUCGUGGAGUUCUCCCUUUAAUACUGCCGAAUAUUUUUAUUUAAAAAUAAUAAUAAUUUACAAGCGAUUGUGAUCAAAUAGUUUAAAUCUUAAGUUUGUAAAAACUAUAUGUUAUUGUGAAUCAAGUCUUAACUAUGUCUUGUAUUUUCUUGUUACUGUACUCAUAUUUGAUAUGUGAAUGUCGUAUUCAAGACAUAGUUUUUAAAUGCUACCUAAGAUUCAUUGAUCCGAUAUGGAAUGCAUGUUUAUGGAAAAAGGUUGUUGACAUUGAUUCUCGACUCCUUAUAUUCUACAGAGAUUUGAGCGAAUAUCAAAUUUUCUUUUGGUUAUCUUGCCUUUAGUGCUGUUAUUUUAAUACUUGUGAUUAUUAUUAUUGUAUGAUAUUAUUCAUCUGAGGAAUAUCUCAUCUGGGAAAAUCUAACCUGUACAGUUAAUUUCUUCUGUUGAAUUAUUCUAAUUUUUAUUUAUCCCCGGUUUAUUAAUUGGAACAGUAUUUUUAUAUUUAUUCAGUUGCUUUAGCUUUGAUCACCUGGUUUUGUGUUAUUAAUGCUCUCUUUUGGGUUUUUGAUCCGAAGGACUUGCCUUUCAAGCAGAAGUACCUUGUGACUUUCACUGUAGGAUACGCCCAAAAAGAAAACAUUAAUGCGGCAGUAAAAAAGGUUAGUGAGAAAUAUUCUACUCGCUUCCCGUACCCUAACUCUUACUGAUUUCUUGUACUUAAUAUGUAUUUCAAUAAACUGAAUCUAUGAUAUAAAAAAAUAAAAAAUAAAAAAUAAAAUCACUUCUUCGGAUGAAGUUUUUUACUAGUUAUGGAUAUAUUUUGACUAACCAUGGACAAUCAUUGUGCAGUUCUCUGGGAACUUCACCAUCCUGCUCUUCCACUACGAUGGUAUAACGACAGAAUGGGAUGAUUUUGAGUGGUCCAGGCAAGCGAUUCACAUCAGCGUCAGCAAACAGACCAAGUGGUGAGCAAACUACCAUUAAAGCUAUCCAUUCUCAUCAAAGGUGUCCCCGCUGACUCCCAUCUUUUCCUUUCUUUUUUUCCUUUCCAAGGUGGUACGCCAAACGGUUCUUGCACCCUGACAUCGUAGCGCCAUAUGAGUACAUCUUCAUCUGGGAUGAAGAUUUGGGUGUUGAGCAUUUCAAUGCCGAAGAGUAAGCCGUAGUUCAUCAACAUCUCUCACCAUCUGUCCUGCCUCUGAGACUCUGGAUAUCCGUUACUUCCAGGUACAUUAGGCUGGUGAAGAAGCAUGGCCUGGAUAUCUCGCAGCCCGGCCUGGACCCAGAUCGAGGGUUGACCUGGCAGAUGACCAAGAGGAGAGGUGAUCGAGAAGUUCACAAGUGAGCAUUUCCGCCAUUUUUCUGAUAAAAUAUUAUUUUUCUGUCUUUCUUUCUUUUUCCCCAUUUAGUUUUUGAUAAUCACAUUGUCUGAAAUUCUCUUAUCCAGGGUAACCGAAGAGAGGCCCGGGUGGUGCUCGGAUCCACAUCUCCCACCAUGCGCUGCGUAUGUGAUCUCUCGUCUCCGUCUUUCCAUUCUUGCUUAUCCCCACUUAUCAUCAUCCUUCCCUGACGAUUCUUCGCUUUCAUUAGAUUCGUCGAGAUCAUGGCACCCGUCUUCUCCAGAGAAGCUUGGCGCUGCGUCUGGCACAUGAUUCAGGCAUCUCGUCUUGCCCUUUUUUUCUCUCUGACCCAAGCUUCACUUUUUGUCCACUCAAAUAAUUAUCAUUUAUUAUUAUUAUGAUUACUAUUAUUAUUAAUAAUAAUUCAGAGUCGUGGAUGCAGAAUGACUUGGUCCACGGAUGGGGGCUCGAUCUCGCUCUCAGGAAAUGCGUGGAGGUAAUUCUCUGAUAACUCUCCGUAAAUAAAUACAUCGAGAGGUGAUCUUUAUUUACCCCACCCGAUGAACAAUAACAGCCCGCGCACGAGAAAAUCGGGGUGGUGGACUCUCAGUGGAUCGUUCAUCAGGCCGUCCCUUCUCUCGGAAACCAGGUAAGAAGAACAUCCAUCCAUCCAUCCAUCCAUCCAUCCAUCCAUCCAUUCAUCCAUUCAUCGUUCCUCUUUGCCUCCCCGCUCUUGAAUCUCCCUUUGACUCUCUCUCCAAUUCUCCUCAAUUCUGCAGGGCCAGCCAACCAGCGGGCGGGCGCCAUGGGAAGGGGUAUUAUUACCAUCAUCAUUUCCACUUCCUAAGAUCAUUAUAUUACUAUGGUUGGAAAGAAAAUUCGUUCAUUACUUAGGGUUGAUUUUUUGCGUUCCCUGUUGUGGCAGGUGAGAGAGCGAUGCAGAAACGAGUGGGGGUUGUUCCAAUCCCGGCUGCAGGAGGCGGAGAAUGCCUACUUCAAGUCAAAGGGGAUCAAAUCCUCCAACUCAACCCACAAAUAG